UAAAUGAAAAAAAACACGUUAGAAUCUUCUGAAUUCUGGUUGUAGUGCCACCCAUACCGGUGCAGUCCACUCUCCCAAUUUCAGUGCAAGUUCCACCCGUCCCGGUGCAAAUCACCCCACCAAACCCCAUUCGAGUGCAGACACUUGGCGGCGUUGCAGCAAUCACUCCUCCCGCUCGUUCCGGUGCAGUUCCGCCUGCGGUGCCGUGGCCAAUUCCAGUUCGAGUGGAGCGGGCGAGCCACGUGCUCCGUGCGUGGUGGGGUGUGGGCUUUUAUAAUAAAGUCCGGGCAGCAGCCGCAGCAGUUGCUGCGUGAAAACCAUUCAGCCCCCGGCAGCAGCAGCAGCAGCUGCCACGGGCAUCAUCCGCGUGCAGUUUCGCAUUUCUCGUCUCCUUUGGGCUCUCCAACUCCGUCGCUCGGCGCUCUUCGUGCGAACUUUGAAAGCACUUCGGCUCCGCUUUGCCCCCGCUUGUCCGUGAUGCCGGCGGCGUCGCUCUCGUCGAUGUUGUUUUUGUUUGUUAAUAUUUUGUUGUUGUUAUUGUAAAGAGAACGUUUUAACCUUUAGCACGACUAUACUAACCUCUCUGUGUUAGGUGUCGUCUUUUAAAAAAAAAAAACUGCUUUUUAUUGAAACCGGACACAAAGUAUAGCAACCUGUUCUGAGCAGCGACGGAUCGAUGCUUACAGCGUAACAUCUCUUAGUGCGUCCACUGUUAAGUUAUCGGUUCUGCAGUUACGUAUAUUAUUAGUGUAGUAGUUUAAACGUUUUAAGUAUAUACUGUGUGUGUGUAUAUAACGUCGAGCAAAGUUAUAGCAACAUGUGCUUAGCAGCGAUGGCCUGUAGCGUAUCGUGUCCUGCUCUGAGCAUGGUUAUACACGGCUAAGUUAUCUCUUCUAUAGUUAAGUAUAUUAAUUAGUGCAGUGGCAGCAUUAACCUUGAGAUUGCGCACCUGUGUUUUUUUUAGAAGAUCGGCAAUGUUUAUCGCUUCGUUUGGUAACCGUGUGUAGCUUCCAUCGGCACGUUGCUUGCGUACGCAGUCGGAAUCUGCGCCUUAUUAUUAUUAUUGUUGGACGAUCUCUUCGCCUCGCUCGCGAUGUGUUGCUGCGAGUUAGGGAAUCUGUCUCGCUGAUCAUUGUAUAGGCGACGGUAGCAAAUCGUAGCUUGUCUUUUAUCUGGCGUAAAAUACAAUGUUUAAGUCCAUUAAACCAUCACUCUAUCAUCAGCAGUAGUAGAUACGUACUCUGUUCACACACGCGCAUAUUAUUUUCUACAUUAGAUCUCUAUAGUAUUAACGCAUACAUUCUUACACGUUAUAUAUACACACGCGCGGUAUAUACUUAUACGCUCCGACGUUGCGUCUAGUUCAUACGCCCUUUCCCCCGCAGCUCCGAUUAACACUGUCGGUCGGCUACGUACGGCGCGAAAGAAGUUCAACACACACGGGGUAGCUUUGGGAGGCGACCAAUACCCAGCACCACCACCAGCAGCACCAGCACCACCACCAGCACCACCAGCAGCACCACCACAAGCAGCACCAGCACCACCACCCACCAGCAGCACCACCACCAGCAGCACCAGCAGCAGCACGCGUCAAGCCGAACCACUCGAAUCAAAGCGGCUCACGCGCAGCUCGCAUCUGGGGUGGCUCGCCAAGAGGCGGCUGGGGCUGUGCGGUAGCCCGCGACUUUAGUCCUGGGUUGGACUCCAGCUCGCCGGUCGCGAUGGAGGGAAGCUCCUCCGAGUGUAACAUCAAGGUGAUGUGCCGCUUUCGGCCAAGGAGCACGGCCGAGCAGACGGACACGGCGAGUCCGGCUCGCCUCUGCGGCGAUGGUGACACCGUGCUGUUCGGGGGGAAGCCGUUCGUCUUCGACCGAGUCUUCUCAUCGGAGGCCAUGCAAGAGCAAGUUUACAACGCGUGUGCCCGCGCAAUCGUUAAAGAUGUCCUGGAAGGCUACAAUGGGACGAUAUUCGCCUACGGCCAGACAUCGUCCGGAAAAACACACACGAUGGAGGGAGACCUCAACGACUCGGAGCUCAUGGGCAUCAUUCCGAGGAUUGCGCGGGAUAUUUUCAACUACAUUUACUCCAUGGACGAGCACUUGGAGUUCCACAUCAAGGUUUCCUACUUUGAAAUAUACUUGGAUAAGAUCCGAGACCUCUUAGACGUGGAAAAGGUGAACUUGUCGGUUCACGAGGACAAGAACAGGGUUCCCUACGUCAAGGGCUGCACGGAGAGGUUCGUCUCCAGUCCGGAGGAGGUGAUGGACAUCGUGGACGAGGGGAAGUCGAACCGGCACGUGUCCGUGACAAACAUGAACGAGCACAGCUCGCGAAGCCACUGCGUGUUCCUGAUCAGCGUCAAGCAGGAGAACAUCCUCACGGAGACUAAGCUCAGCGGGAAGCUCUACCUGGUGGAUCUCGCCGGCAGCGAGAAGGUGAGCAAGACGGGAGCCGAGGGAGCUCUGCUGGACGAGGCGAAAAACAUCAACAAGUCGCUGUCGGCGCUGGGCAACGUCAUAUCCGCGCUGUCCGAGGGAAACAAGGCGUACGUGCCGUACCGCGACAGCAAGAUGACUCGCGUGCUCAAGGACUCGCUGGGCGGCAACUGCCGCACGACCAUCAUCAUCUGCUGCUCGCCCUGCGCAAGCAGCGAGGCGGAGACCAAGUCCACGCUGAUGUUCGGACAGAGGGCGAAGAUGAUCAAGAACACGGUGACGGUGAACCUGGAGCUGACGGCCGAGCAGUGGAAGAAGAAAUACGAGAAGCAGAGGGAGAGGAACAAGAGCCUGCAGGGCACCAUCCGGAGCCUCGAGGCAGAGCUCCAGCGGUGGCGGAAUGGUAUGGCAGGCGAGAUGAUGCCGCCCCCGUCGCCGGAAGAGGAGGAGCGGCGCGGCGCGUGGAGGCCCCACGUGGCGCAGGCAGCGCCGGGCGCUCCGCCCUCGCGAGGCGACACCGUGACGUCGGCGUCACCGCCGGCGUCACCGCCGGCGGUGACGUCGGCGUCACCGCCGGCGUCACCGCCGGCGUCACCGCCGGCGUCACCGCAGGCGGGAGACGGCGGCGGCGGCGGCGGCAGAAGCAGCGUCUACCCCGGACUGGACGACGCAGAGCCUCGCGCCGUCGAGGAGCGGCUCCGCAAGCUCUACCGCCAGCUCGACGACAAGGACGAUGACAUCAACCAGCAGGCUCUGCUGGUGGAGAAGCUGAAGCAGCAGCUGAUAGAGCAGGAUGAGAUGCUGGCGUGGUCGCGGCGGGACGACGCCGGCCUGCGGGAGGAGCUGGCGCGGCUGCAGCGGGAGAACGAGGCGUCGCGCGACGAGGUCAAGGAGGUGCUGCAGGCGCUCGAGGAGCUGGCGCUCAACUACGACGCACGCUCGCAGGAGGCGGAGGAGGGAGCCAAGGAGGUGGCGCUGCUGCGGCUCGACCUCCAGCGCAAGGCGGCACGGCUGAACACGGUGGAGGCCGAGCUGCUCCGCCUGCACGAGUCGAGUUCCUUCCAGCGCAAGAAGACGGCCGAGAGCGCCGCUCUGCUGCUGCGCGACGUCGCCGAGAUCCACGCCGUCCUCGGCGCCGCCGACGGCAAGGCGGAGCAGCAGGCGGGCUGUGCGGAGGACGACCUGUCCACGGUGCGCCUCUUCCUCACCAAGCUCAAGUCGGAGGCCAAGUCGGCGACGCGCCGCGCCUCGCAGCUCGAGGUGGAGCACGCCGACGCCGAGCGGCGAGCGCGGGCGACGGCGCUGGAGCUGGAGGGCGCGCGUCUCGUCACGUCGCAGCACGAGUCCAAGGUGCGAUCGCUCUCCGAGUACCUGCAGACGUGCGAGCAGAGCAAGCGGCACCUGCAAGAGGCCCUCGACGCUCUCAACGAGGAGGUUGUGACGCUUCGAGCACAAGAAGCUCGCGCCGUUGCCUUCAGAGACAAGGAGCAGGAGCAUCUCAACAAGAUGGAGAGCGAGAGGGAGAUGAAGGAGUUGGUGGAGCAGCAGCUGGAGAGCCACAGGGAGGCGCAUCUCCUGCAGCUGGCACGGCUACGUGACGAGCUGGCCGGGCGCCAGGCCCUCUUGGACCAACUCACCGACACCAACGCGGAGCUGGCGCUGCAGCACGGCGCUCUCCGCGCCGACUACGAACGCCUGCGGAGUGAGGAGCAGGAGAAGAGCAGCCGCCUUCACGAGCUCACGUUGGUGCAUGACCGCAGGAAUCAAGCUCAGCAGGACCUCAAGGAGCUGGAGGAGACGGUGGCUAAAGAGCUGCAGACCCUGCACAACCUUCGCAGGCUCUUUGUGCACGAUGUUGCCACCCGCGUUAAGAAGAUGUCGGGGACGGACCCAAAGGAGAGUGCAGCCAAUGGCACUCACAAGAUCGGCUUCCUGGAGUCAAACCUGAGCCAGCUGACAUCUCUCCACAAGCAGCUAGAUCACUGUGGAGAACGCCUCAUCUUGUCACACCCCGGGAGCCAAGCGGGUCCGAGCCUGCUGGAACGCGACAACACUGACCUGCGCGGGGAGCUGCCACGCCUCGAGAGGCGCCUGCGGGGCACGGCGGAGCGCGUCCACUCGCUGGAGGGGGCGCUGGCGCAGGCGCGCGAGAGCGCCGUGCGUGAGCGCAGCCGACACCAGCUCCAGAUGGAGCGCAUCAAGGAGAGCGUGCGGGCCAAGGGCGCCGCGCGGCGCGCCAACGCUCCUAAGCGUGUGCUGCCGGGUCAGCCUCCGUGCACCACCGCCAUCCGAGGAGGUGGCGCCCUCGUCGUGAGCCAUCACAUCGCCGUGCGUGGAGGUGGAGGAGCCGGAGGGGGUGCUGGAGGAGGUCGCUGCGUUAAUCCAGAGACUGACGAUGCGGGGAGCUAGUUCCUUCCGACAGCCUUCGCGACACAGUCAAGACGACGUUGCAUUGAGAUUCAAGCGGAAGUUUGGACAUGCGUAAUCACACACCACAAAAUCGCGUGCGUGCAAACACACACACACACGGAGAUCCUUCAUUCAAUACCCCCGUACCCUUAGGGCAGUUGAAACAAUGGGGCAAGUUUCUCUGUCCAUGACCCGUAUCGUGGGGUUAAAGUGUGGGUACUCCGUCUUUCUAAGCGCCGCGCCAGCAUGGGAAGAGUAGGCCUAAUACUACUAGAGGGGCCUCUGGAGCUGCCUCUUAGUGGAGGCCCUUCUGUGAGCAAGAAAUUGCAGGGCUGCAUCUUGCGUUUCUUUUUGGCCUUCGCCCUAGGGGCACAUGUUAAUGAGCUCCUGUGAAGCCCGGCAUUUACGCUGGGAGCUUUACCACGUGCAGCACACACACACCUAGCCACGAGUGCGGAUUUUAAUGCACUACACAUUACUUUUUUGAGGCCGAGUCGAUCCAAACUAAACACAAUUACACUUUUUAUUUCACUAGGCAUGGCCCACUGAGCUUUAUAGUUUUCUCAGAAGCGACUUUGACACAAUAUAGCUCAACUUUUAGUGGCUCAUGUGUAAAUUUAUAGCAGCCAAAUACUCUUAACGCAUAUCAAUUGAGGCAAAAGCCGGAGGACACAGAAAAAUCCACGGGACCUCCGGGAGAGAGAAACGUGCAUUCUACAAAUAUACAGCAGGCUUCAGGGUCAAGAUGGAAACCCACGACCUCCUGCAUACCAGGCGAGGCAGUUAACAUCUCACCGCCAUGGCGAUCCAGUGGGAGGUGCGGGAGGAUGUUUUGGACGCGGAUCGUCGCAGGCGUCCACGAGCAGGAGUUGAAUGCGGUUCUGCAGAUAUUGCAGCGCCCUCGCGCGAACCACCACUGCACGCCAACGCCAAGCGCGCGUGCCGCCCGUCGACAUGUUGCGCGGACCGCGUGACGCGCGUUGCUGUGAAAGGAUGUGCUCCACCUGGCCAAACAAGCGCAGUAGAGAAAAAAAGGACAAACCAAAAAAAAUACAUGCGCGGGUUUUGUUCGUUUUAAAAUGUUACUGUAUCGUGAAACAUUUCUGACAACGUAGCAAUAUAAAUUAAUUGUUGUUAAAAA